GCGCUUUACGGCACGUUGUGAUUUGAAGUUUUGACAUGGCUUCCUCGUUGCUUUGCAGCGAAACACAAAGCAGAGUGAGUUCAGUGCUAAACAGAGAUGUUAAGCAGUAUGGAAAGAAGUACAUGUUUGACUGCAAUGAGGAGACAUGCUGGAACUCAGACCAGGGUGAAUGUCAGUGGGUGUCCCUGGAGUUCCCCAACUCUGUCAGAGUGUCAGAGUUAAAGGUCCAAUUCCAGGGAGGAUUCUCGGCAAAAACGUGCAGACUGGAAGGUUGCCUAAAAGAUAAAGACUUCACAGUGCUCAGCCAUUUUUACCCAGAGGAUAACAACUCUCUUCAGAGCUUUCCCAUACAGGAGGCCCCUGUAGUGGACAAAGUAAAAAUAAUGUUUGAGAAUAGUGCUGACUUUUUUGGGAGAAUUAUUGUUUAUUCCUUGGAUGUCCUGGGGGAAAAAGCCUCCUGACCAUUUUUCAGU